GGAGGUUCCCCGCUGCUGCCUGCCCGUCCUCAGCUCCAGUCUGCAGACGCUCUGCUGCCGCUGCCGCCGCCGCCGCCGCUUUGUUGUCCCCGUCGAGCAGGAGGUCACUCAGUCCGAGCAGGAGUCCGCUCAGAGCGCACGCAGGAGCCGCACAGCCGCAACACUUUUCUCCGCAGUUCAGCGCAAAAAAUCACAUACGGCACCAUGGGGAAAGGCUGCAUGACGGCGAGCAAGUACUUCCUGUUCCUCUUCAACCUCAUCUUCUUUCUGUUCGGGGUCGUCAUCAUGGGCUUUGGACUGUGGCUCCUCCUGGACAAUCAGAGCUUCAUCGUUGUCCUGAAUAACUCCACAGGUGUGAAGGUGGCCUGUUACAUCCUGAUUGGAGUCGGGGCUUUCUCCAUGCUCAUGGGCUUCCUCGGCUGCUUGGGGGCCAUUUAUGAGAACCGCUGUCUGCUUGGCCUGUACUUCACCUGCCUCCUGCUCAUCCUCAUCGCUCAGAUAGCAGCUGGUGCUCUGAUCUACUUCCAGAAGGAUGUGUUAAAUGAGGAAAUGUCCAAGAUCGUCUCCAAGGUGCUGGACAACUACCCCGGCAACAACUCCACCACAGAGCAGGCCUGGGACUUCAUCCAGAGGAAUAUGGAGUGCUGUGGCUGGAAGGACCACGAGGACUGGAGCGGGAACAUGGUCAUUUCUAACAGCUCUCGGCUGCUGUUUCCCUGCUCCUGCCAGAACAUCUCGCUCUCCACCGGAAACUUCUCCAGCAGCGGGUUCUGUGAGGCUCAGACGCCCGAAUGGCCCGUAUACAAUGUGGGCUGUGCUGAUAGUGUGGAGAGCUGGCUCCUCACCAACAUCGGGGUCGUGCUGGGCAUCUGCCUCGGAGUGGCUCUCAUUGAGCUGCUGGGAAUGAUCCUGUCCAUCUGCCUGUGCAGGAACGUUCACACAGAGGAUUACACCAAAGUGCCAAAGUACUAAAGCUCGAUGGAGGAACUGCAGAUGCACAGAAAGGAGGCAGUAAAAAUAAUGAAUUUUCACCCUAUAUUUGGUGAAACAUUGUAAAAUAUUGUGUGUUUUCUUUAGUUUUUGUUAGAUUUUCUUCUUUUGAAGCACUUCCAGUUGCGUUUUUUUUUUUUUUUUUUUUGUCAGUCCAGUUUCUUUGGAGCACUUUAGAGACCUGUGAACUUUGGAUCAGAGAGCGAUGCUGAAAUGUUUGCGAAACAAAUGUUGGAUCAGAUGAACUUAAAGGGAAGUGAGUUGGUAAAGUAAGAAGUGAUGGAUGAGGAGAGAGUGAAUAGAAUAGUUCCCUCCAUGCCCAUAAACGCUCUCAGGCUCAGAUUACAGUGUCGGUUUUAGUUUCCUAAAGAAUCUGAGGAAAAAUCAUAUUUGUUGUCUGUAAAGACAGAAACAAAGCUCAGCAACUGAUCUGGACAACUGGAAAGUCGACCUAGUGGUGUGUUUUUUUUUCCUUUGUUUUUUUUGUCGUUUUUUUUUUUUAAUACACCAGCGUUCUGGGUUUUUGUGAAAUGUUUUUGGUACCUUGUAUAUAAUUUUAGUCAUUAUUUGUGUGACUUUGAAUCCAACAGAAUAUACAUUUCCAGUGUUUCCUUUAGCGCCUGGCCUUUCCCUGAAGUCAGUUGUUUUUUUUUUAACAAAUUUUUCACGUUUUCUUAAUUUUGAAUCGUCAGGAUUUUGUUCUGGACAUAAUAGAAAUAAUGAAAUACUAAAGAGGAGCAUAUAUGGUACUUGUUUUCUAAGAGUAUCACUCUCAGUUUACAACUGUCUGUUGACAAGCAAAAAUAAGACUUUUUUUUUUAAAGAUAGCUUUAAGUUCACGUAUGAGCCCAUAUUCUACCGGCCGUAACCUAAAGUGUUUGACGAGUGAAAUGUUUUUUUAACCACUGCUGAAGUGAAAGGUGAAAAUUUACACAACAGAUUAUUUUGGAGAAGAAAUAUUUUUGGGGGAAGAAACAUCCUGAAAAUGGAAUUUGUUUAUACUGAAAAUUAAUUUGAAAUCCAUUUAUGUAGUUUUAACAUUCAGCCGAGAUGUUGUGUUGUUGGUAUAAUGUACAAAUCCACUGUCUUGUUUUCUUUAUAUGUACAGUUUGUAUGAAAAACAUUCCAUUAACCUUAUAAUGGUUUCUAAGACAAAAGGGUACGACUGUUUAUAACUAGGUGGACUUAUGGUACUGUAGUUAGCUGGGUUAGUAAGUGUGUGCUCACAACAUUCAUUCUCUUUCAUUUUGCCAAUAAACUGAUUACAGAA